CCUAGCUUCUGCUAUCUGAAGAAGACACCAAAAACCAAGUUAUUGUGAAUUCACUUGGGUAUGGAAAGAGAGCAAAUCCGAAUGCUGGACCAAGUUUCAGUUGACAUCAGACAGCCUGAUGAUGAUUUGGUGAUUUCUAUCAGAAAUGAGAUGGAAAGAAUUUCUUACUUGCACUGUAUCUGCAAAGUGAAGGACAGUCUUCUUGGUACAAAUGGUAGCAAGUCUUAUAUUCCUGACCAAGUCUCAGUUGGUCCUUACCACCACGAAGAAGAUGGCCUAGCAGUCACUGAAGAGCAGAAAUGGCAAUACGUACAUGUGCUCCUCAGUCGAAAACCAAACCUCGAAGCAAGCCUGGAUGCCUGUGUCACUGCACUUAAAGAAGUGGAACACAGAGCCCGGUCUUGCUAUGCAGGUGGCAUUGAUGACAGGGAUUGGCCAUCUAAUAAAUUCUUAACAAUGAUGUUAGUUGAUGGCUGUUUCAUCAUCGAGCUCUUGCUCAAGUAUUCUAUAAAGAGUCUAAGACGCAGAAAUGAUAAAAUAUUUACUACACCCGGGAUGCUAUUUGAUGUAAGGUGUAAUCUGAUAUUGCUAGAAAAUCAGAUUCCUCUAUUCAUUCUUCAGAGACUGUUUCAGGUGGUACCAAUUCCUAGACAAUGCAUUUACACUUUCGCUGAGCUUUGUUUUCGUUUCUUUAGGAAUAUGAUUCCAGGCGACCCACAAAUUAAUCGUGAAAAAUUCAGUCAAGAAGCACAUCAUUUGCUUGACAUAAUCUGUCACUGCCUCCUUCCAACAUAUCCAAGAGUACUGCCCCCAAAGGAAUCAAAUUCUGGAAACAAGCCUCUACCUUCUGCAACGAAGCUUCAGGAUGCAGGAAUUAGGAUCAAGAAAGCAAGAAAACUAAAUUUAUUGGACAUAAAGUUUGACAAAGGAGUUCUUGAAAUCCCACCGAUUGUAAUCCACCAAUACACAGAAACUCUGUUGAAGAAUCUGAUCGCGCUUGAGCAAUGUUCUAGCCACGUACAGUAUAUUACCUCUUACGCAUUUUUCAUGAAAUGGCUAAUUAGUGAAGAUAAAGAUGUGACGUUACUUAAAAAAAUUGGCAUUCUCAUCAACUGUGAUGCCAUUGAUGAGAAAGAGGUGAAGAAAGUGUUUGAUAAACUGGAUGAGGCUAAUUUUCCAGUGAAGGAAUUUUAUCAUGAUGGGCUGCGGGAGCAGGUGAACUCGUAUAAAGGAACCAGAAAAUGGCGCCAGUGGCGUGAGAGACAGAGACAUAGAAAUCCUCAGUUAUGCUCAGUUCUGGUUGUCGCAGUUUUGGCUCUAUUUAUUGCCCUUUUGGGGACUUUGUUUUCUGUACUCUCUUUUUCUCUCCACCGUUCUAACACAUCUUGAGCUCUGUGCAAAUUUUGUUACAUCUUGUACAUUACAGUAUAAAUAAAUCGACUGUUUUCGUUUUCUUUUUUA